GUUGCCAACGAUUUUCUCUUAGAAAGCGAGUCAGGGCAUUUUACAAGCCAGUCGUUUUCGUCCUGAAAUGGUUUAACAUCAUCCUUGAGCGUCAAACUAAAGAUGGACAGUCCUAGUUUCGUCCAUCCAGGGCAUUAAAGAGGCAUGCCAUCGAGUCUGAAUACAUGCCCAAUAUAAAAAAGAUGUAAAAUUUUAUCUAAGCAUACAAUAAAAUACCCGAUAUUCUCAUAUUAUAUUAUAUUGGAUUAGCAUUUGGGAAUUUUAUUAUACAACUGGUUUGAACCCGGUUAGUUGUAGAAUAACAAAAAUCACAUUAACCCCUCCUCAAAACCGCCGUUCCGAUCAUCAAAAUAACCGCAAAAAUGAACGUCGGUGGAGCAGUCGGCACUGGCGACACCGAUCUGAAACCCUCACCACUCUCCGAGUACACACACACUCUCUCCCGCCGGUACCAACACCUCCUCGACAAGUCAACGCCGCUCGUUCUCCACCGUUGGAUCGGUUUCGCCGUCGUCGUUUUCAUCUACGCUCUCCGUGUUUACUUCGUUCAAGGCUUCUAUAUCGUCACUUACGGCCUCGGUAUCUAUAUUCUGCAACUGUUUCUCGCUUUUCUCUCUCCUCAGGUUGAUCCGGAACUCAACGACGGUCCUUCCUUGCCUACUCGUGGAUCUGAAGAGUUUCGUCCGUUUGUUCGUCGCCUUCCUGAGUUUAAGUUCUGGUAUUCGCUUACAAAAGCCUUCUGUAUUGCUUUCAUGCUCACAUUUUUCAGCAUGUUUGAUGUGCCUGUAUUUUGGCCAAUUCUGUUAUUCUAUUGGCUCGUACUCUUUGUUUCAACAAUGAAGAGGCAAAUAAUGCAUAUGAUCAAAUAUAGAUAUGUUCCCUUCACCUUUGGCAAACGGAAAUACACGGGAAAGAAAGCCGCAUCGGUUGAUGAUGCAUCAUCUGGCAGACCUUGAAGCUAUUUGGUGAGUUAGCUUGAAAUAUUGAUUUGGUGAAAUUCUUUUUAUAUCUCAAAUUUUCUUGAGAAAGCUGUGACAAAGGAUCUUGUUUAGGGUACCCGGGAUCUGUGAAAUCCAAUUAUCCAUCCCACUUCUAUUUGUGAUGUCGGGAAAGUGUAAUGUUUGUUUUAGUAACUUUUUAUGUAAUAUUUUGUAGUUCUGUUUUUGAAAUUUUGACCUAUGAAUACCAGGGAUCAUCUCUUCUUAACUUAAAUAGUUUUUUUUUCUUUAAGAAA